UGAAGCUCGACUAUACUAUCGAUCGAGCCGCUACACAGAGAGAGCUAGAGAGAGAGAGAGAGAGAGAGAUGGGGAGAAGCAGUACUUACUAUGAUAAGAAUGAUGGACUGAAGAAAGGAGCCUGGACUGCAAGUGAAGACCAGAUUGUCAAAGCCUACGUCAAAAAACACGGUGUCGGAAAAUGGGGCAAACUAUCCAGGGAAACAGGUCUGAAGAGAUGUGGGAAGAGUGUGAGACUCAGGUGGUUGAACUAUCUGAGGCCUGAUAUCAUCAAAGGCAACAUUACAGAAGAUGAAGAAGAGCUCAUCAUCAGGCUCCACAAACUCUUGGGAAACAGAUGGUCCUUGAUAGCCGGAAGGUUACCAGGGCGAACUGACAAUGAAAUCAAAAACUACUGGAAUUCCACCUUAAAGAGGAAGCUACAACAAGAAAAUCACUUAGACGUGUCCAAAGAUGAGGAGAUCAAGGAGGACUUGUCAUCCUCUGCCGUUGUUGCCGCUGCCACUGAUGAGGACGUCCCACGUUUGACCAAAAACAAUGUCAUUGAAGACGAAGAUCAUCAUCGUCAGCAUCAUGAUGCUGACGUUGGAGUUGGAGUUGCAGCUGAAGCAACUAACAAUAAGGGUACUGGUGAUGAUGAAUAUCUGAGGGAUGACCUUUGGUGGAACAAUUUCAUAAUGGAUUUCAAUGAUACCCAACUCGACGUAUCUGAAUUCCAAAACGACAUCCCCGAGAUUUAGGAAUCUAAGGCCAUCUCCAACCCAAAGGGCUAAAAAUGGCCCUGGGGCUAAAUUUUAGCCCUAAAUUCUGUACUAUUCAUUGAUCUGACAUCAACCGUCUCCAACCCGUCAAGGCUAAAUUAUAGCCCUAAAAUAUAUUUUAACAUUUUGGAUUGGUUAUAUAUA